AUGGAGGCGUUCAGAUCUCGAAGAAACCACAGUCGUUGGGCCGCCGCCGGUGCCGGGCCCGGCUGCCCACCGGACUUUGCCGCUCACCUUCCUCGACCGGCUCCAUUUCCACCCGAUUUGCCGCAUUUUCUUCUAAGAUUUCCCCUUUCCCAAGACACCGAAAACUACAAACCCACCAUCCGUUACUCGCCCGGCGACUCGGUCCAAUUCUCGAUUUACGAGUCGUCGGUCGGCGGAGAAAUUUUCGACUCGCUCGUCGGUAACCAACCGCGAGACGCCGAUGCGUUUUACGAUUAUACCCCUCAACUUCCACCGGUCAUAACCGAGCCCGACUGCAAGCUUAUCCGAUUGCUCGCGGUCCAAGUAACCCUCUUCCCGGGCCGCGGCGUGUGCGUCGGCGUAACCAACCACCACUCGGCCGACGAUGCGAGCUCGAUCGUGGGCUUCGUUCGGGCUUGGGCCUCGGCGUGCAGAUCCGGUUCUCUCGAGAAUGCUCGUCCGGUUUUUGACAGGGGCUUGAUCGUUGACCCGUCGGGAAGAUUGGAAUCGGCUUAUUGGGACCAAAUGAAGCGAGUCCCGUUGACUCUUUCGCCAUUUCCCCUGCCCACGAACAGGGUUCGGGCCACGUACAUUUUUUACCGGGCCCGAAUCGAGAAGCUCAAGGACUCGGUGGUGGCGAAUUUGGGAUUUAUGGGGCUCGACCGCCCGUCAUCAUUCGUGGCGGCCUCGGCUCACACGCGCUACAGGAGCAAAUGUCUCAUCAAAGUCAACACCCUCCUCUUGACUGUACCCCUGAGCCACAAGGCGAGCCUUGUUCCUAGUAAUCUCUCCUGA